AGAAGUUGACAUUCAAAAUGCACACUUCACUCAAGAUCAGUCUGCUCUACCAAACUGAUACUUAAAUCCAGUAAAUAUUACCAGGAAGGAGAGGGAGUUUGUUGACGUCUUUUUUUGUUACCUCCACAUGACAGGUUAAUAGCUUUCUUUUUCUGCUCUUGGCAAUGUUUCCAAACCCCAGCACGUCCACUCCCUUCUCUGUAAAGGAUAUAUUAAACUUGGAGCAGAGUCACGACGUGAUGGUGUCUUCCCUGGACGUUUCUUCUCGUAUGGACUGCUGCACCGUCCCGACCUCCUCUUCUUCCACCUCCUCUUCCUCCUGCAUGCUGGCCCGCCUGAAGCAGGAGCCUCUCCGGGACAUGUCCGCCGCCGCCUCGCUGUUUGGAGAGGAUCUCCACGAGUCCAGAGCCGGCAGAGGCAAUGCGCUCAACUUUGCUACUGCCUUUUAUGGGAAAUCACUCAUGGAGAUGGAUAUAGUGAAGGACGGGAAAUCAGACGCGUUUGAGGGGAAACGCAGAAAAGAGGAGUUCAGCCCUCACACCGAACCUGCAGAGGACAUAAAACCCGAGGACCCGGACCGACCCAAGCCCCGGAGGCGCAGGAAGCCCCGCGUCCUCUUCUCCCAGGCGCAGGUGUACGAGCUGGAGCGCCGCUUCAAGCAGCAGAGAUACCUGUCGGCCCCGGAGAGAGACCACUUAGCCGGGGUGCUCAAACUCACCCCGACCCAGGUGAAGAUCUGGUUCCAGAACAGGAGGUACAAGUGCAAGCGGCAGAGGCAGGACCAGAGCCUGGAGAUGGUGUCUCUGCCGCCGCCCAGGAGGGUGUCGGUGCCGGUGCUGGUGCGGGAUGGGAAGCCUUGCCUGGCGGGGGACACAGCCACCUACAACCCCUCCUACAGUAUGGGUCACAUCAACCAUUUCACUUAUAACAACUACCCGGCUUUCAGUAACUACACCAGCCCCGGCUGCAACACAAACUAUGCGUGUAAUUAUCCCGCAGCCACAAUGCAAACUAUGCAGGGAUCCUCCAACAACGGGAGCUACAUGAACUUUGGGGUAGGGGACCUGAAUAACGUGCAGAGCACAUUUCCCUCCAGUAAUGGGGUGUCUUCGUUACAUGGCAUUAGGACGUGGUAAACUCAAUAUCAAAUACUCGUGUUACAUAUUCAGUUAUUAUUUUAUGAAUGCAUGCAUUUUUAAAUGUGUCAAGACUUUGCGGAGUUUGUGUAACUUCUCUUAUAUUUAAUUAGGCUAUUUAGUUUUGGGAGUUUUUGUUUUCAGCACCGGCUUUUGCUUGAAUAGGUUACAUUUUUAUUUAUUUCCCUGAUAUUAGCGAGCAGACACGGCAUUUGAGCGAAAAAAGUUGCAGCCACAGUUCUUGAAAUGUUAUUCUAAAAUUUGCCCGACCAUUUUGUAAAAUGUUCAUUUUGUUUUUUGUUUUUCUGAUACAAUAUUUGUAACUAUUAAAAAAAUAAUAAUAAUCAGACAAUAUUUUAGAUGACCAAAGAUGAAAAAUAAGAUAGAAUUUUGCAACAAUUAAGGCAAUGGAAAAUUAUUAAAUGUUUAUAUUAAUUAAUUAAAAUAAUUAAAUCUUUAUAGGCUAUUUUUAUUAUUAUUAUUCAUAAUAAUAAAAAUAAUAAUAAUAUUGUUGACAUGCAACUAUUUAAAAUUAUCUAAAGUUGUCCAGUGUAAUAAUUGGCUUGGUUUAGCUCUGACUAUCAGUUCCUAAAUCAUUAAGAAAUACACUAAAAACAAUAAUAAGUCUACAUUAUAUGAUAUGUAAUAGUGAACUAUGAUUAUAAUUAUAGUAUAUAAUCUAUACCUGUGGGUCACACAGUGAUUGACCUGGUUAUAUACAGUAGAUCCACAUAAAGGACUCUAACAUCUGUACAACCCUCACAUGGUUUGUGUCUGGUUAAAAUGUUCAAGUGGCUGUUAGGCAGCUUCCUUCAAUACGCUUAAACAAGGUUAAAAGGUUGUAAAAAAGUUUAUUCUUUUUACAACCCGCUGUCAGCCACGUGUACACACAUGUUGAAGUUGCUGGGAUGGAGAUGGCUGCGAGCCAUGACCUUGACGUGUAUUAAAUUAGGUUCAACAAGAAUAUUCUGUUUGAUUAUAUGGAACUACAAAUUUUCAUUAACUGUAUUGUGUGUACACACAUUUUCUAUACAAAUGGCAUCCUGAGAGUCAGUGACCUUUUCUCUGUACCUGUAAAUAUGAGGACAAAUUCAAGAUGUUACCUGAUCCAAGACAUUUCUUUAUUUUUGGACAUUAUACUUGUUUAUUAAAGACUUCCUUUUUGAAACUUUUUCGAUUUUGUAAAGUCAUUGCUUUGUUUUAUUUGAGAGUUUGAACCAACAAACUUUAACUGGACUCACAGCGAAAACACACAAUGACAAACCAAUAACUGGACAAAUCUGUAGAAAUGACAGUAUGAAUGCAGAGUUGCGGAUGUUCUGUCUGGUUCCAGUGUUUACACCAUGAGUGUGAUGCCGUGUACGCUCCCCUGAGACCCCGCUCCACAUGUCCAGAUACAAACCCAAACACUUGAUGGACACUAUCACGGUGCUAAAUGCAAGAAUAGUCCAAUUUGCUUGACAGAGAGGCAGAGGCCUUGUCUAAGUGUGCAGUUAUAUGGGAACGGGCUCUGC